UUUUUUUUUUAGGAGAGGUAGGAAUUACAUGAGGUCUCACUAUAUAGCUCAAGCUAGCCUCAAACUCAUGGUAAUUUUGUUUUUGUGUGUGUGUUUUUAAAAUUUCCUAUAUGUAUUUUGAUACUAUAUAGGUUAGACUGGACUGAAAUUCACUAUGUAGUCUAGGCUGCCCUCAGACUUUCAGUCCUCUUGUAAUCUCAGCCUGGUGAGUGCGGAGAUUACAGACAGGUAAGGGUUACUAUAGGAAGGGCCUCAUUUCCCCACUCCCCUUACUUUUCAAGACAAGACCUCACUAUGUAGCUCUGGUUGGUCUGAAACUCUCUAUGUUGACCAGGCUGGCUUUAAACUCACAGAGUUCCACCUGCCUCUGUCUCUCAGUUGCUGAGAUUAAAAGUGUGUGCCACCAACUUGUCUAGCCUUGUCUAGCCUCAAUAGAAGAAGAUGUUCUUAGUCUUACUGCAACUUGAUAUGCCAAGGAGGGUUGAUAUUCAUGGGAGGCCUCCUCUUUUCUGAGGAGAAGGAAAGGAGGUAUGGAUGAGUAGGAGGGGAGGGAAGAGGGAGGGAGGAAAGGGGAGCUGCAGUCAGGAUGUAAAGUGAACAAAUAAUUAAUUUUUUAAAAAGUGUGUGCCACCAUUCCUGGCCCCCUCCUUGUUUUGGUCCCAUGUAGGCCAGGCUAGUCUCAAACUCACUAUACGGGAGGAUGACUUUGAAUCUACCUGUGCCUCUUGAGUACUGGGAAGGGUGCUGAAUUUUGUUAAUUACCUUUUCUACAUCUUUUGAGAUAAUCAUGUGAGACAUUUGUUGUUGCUAUCAUUCUAUUAAUGUGAAAUAUUGUGUUGAUUGAUUUUGUUUUGUUGAGUUCCUCUGUAUAUCCUUGCCUGUCUUGGACUUGAUUUGUAGACCAGGCUGGCCUUGAGCUCACAGAGAUCUGCCUGCUUCUGUCUCCCCAAAUGCUGGGAUUACAGGUGUGUGUCACCAAGCCCGGCUGAUUGAUUUUCCUAUGUUGUACCACCUACCAAAUCCUAGGAUAAAUCUCCUUUGGUUGUGGUAUGUGAUCAUCUUAAUGUAUUUCAUAGUUUGGAUGCAGUUUGUCUCCCAAGUGGUAGGUGUGGUGAUGUUAAGGUGAUAGUGCCUUUAAAAGGUGGGGCCCGACAAUGAGUCCUCAGGCCCUGGGAGACACUUGGAAAAGAGAACACAGUUCUUGUGGGGCCUCAGUUCACAGUCAGUCUUAGAUACACAUUUUUAUUUCAAUGUGUUUUCUCACCAUUGUGGUAGAAUCUGCUGUGGGUUGAUGAAGCCACAAUGACCACUGCCAGAGCUGGGUGCCAUGUUGGAAUUUCAGUCUCCAAAACUGUAAACCUCUUUUUUUUUUUUUUUCCAUAAAUACUUACUCUCAUGUAUUUCAUUAGAGUUAUAGAGAACCAGUAUGAUGAUUUGAGAGUUUUUUGUUUGUUUGUUUGUUUUUGUUUGCUUAUUUGGUUGGUUUUUGUUUUUAGAGACAGGGUUUCUCUGUGUAGGCCUGGUUGUCCUGGAACUCACCAGGUUGGCCUCAAACUCAGAGAUCCACCUGUCUCUGCAGUGUUAAAGGCGUGUGCCACUACUCCCCAGCUAUUUUUUGUUUAUUUGUUUGUUUUUUUAAUCAAGUGUAACUGGAUAUGGUGGCACUUUCUAAAUACUGUAUCUAAUUUUUUAAUAUUUAUUUUAUUAUUUAUUUAUGUGUAUUUGUGUGUCUGGUCUACAAAGCCAGGAAAGCCAAGGCUAUACAGAGAAACCCUAUCUUGAAAAACAAAACAAAACAAAACAAACAAAAAAAUUGAGGUGAGUGGUGACAGGUGUCAAAUUCUGGAAAUAUUUCAAAGGCUGGACCAAUAGGUUUGAGACAGUCUGAAUUUAGGCUUCAAAAGUGAAGGCAAUAAUAACCUUUAACUAAAGAUUGGAAUUGAUAUAAUCUGAGGUGAAGAAGACCAUAGGAUGAUUUGUUUUAGGAGGACUAUCAGUAGGCCAGGUCAGUUUUGAGAUAAAACACAGUGAGGUGGGGACAGAUAUUUUAAUAUUUGGGAAAAGAGCUUGAGGUAAAGUCCAGGCUAGAGAAAUCAAAGUAGACAUUGACUGAAUGUACAUGUGUCCUAUCAAGGCUAAGUGAGGUCACCUGAGGAGUGAGUGUUGUUGGCAUGAAAAGGAGUCUAGGAGACUGAGCCCUGUAGCUCCUUAAUGUUUACAGGCUGAUGAGAGGAGGAAGAAUCAGCCCCAAAAGACUGAGAAGGAAUGACAGCAGAAAAGAAAGUAAUUUGACAGUGUUCUGAAAGCCCACAGGAAGAAAGUUAAUAAAGGAUGAAAAGAAUACGUCUGUUUUUAUUUGUUUGUUUGUUUGUUUGUUUGUUUUCAAGACAGGGUCUCACUUUGUGGCACUGGCUGUCCUAGAAUUCACUGUCUAGACGAGGCUGGCCUUGAACCUACAACAAUCCACCUGCCUCUGCCUGCUGACGGAUGGGAUCAAAGUGGUGAGCCUCUUCUUCAGCUGGGAAAAAAAAAAUGGCAGUGCUCAAGAAGUUAAAGCUUCUUCUCUGGAAGAAUUUCCUCUUGAAGAAGCGGAAGACCCUGAUAACAUUCCUGGAAAUGGUGAUGCCGUUACUAUUUUCUACAAUUGUAUUGUAUUUUCGUUUCAAUAGUACACCAAGAAACAGAUUAGCUACUUACUACCAAUCAAUUGAUAUCAGUCUACUGCCAGUAUAUUUCAAUAACUACCCUCUGAAAAGUAAAUUUCAGUUGGUUUAUAUCCCUUCCGAAAGCGAAACUUUGAAAGCUGUUACUGAAAUGGUGGAAAAAUCCUUUGCUGUUGACUUUAAAGUUCUAGGCUUUCCUUCAGUGCCUUUCUUUGAAAACUAUAUAAUUAAUGAUCCCAACUCUUUCUACGUACUGGUGGGAAUUGUUUUCCACCAUAGCUUCAAUACCAGCAAUGAACCUUUGCCACUGGUGGUUAAAUAUGAGUUGCGCUUUAGUUAUAUACAGAGGAACUUUGUCUCACCGCUGAAGCAUUUAUUUUUUCAAGAGGACAUAGAAGGCUGGUGCACAGCCUUACUUUACCCUCCUAAUCCAAGACAAGAACCCCGGGAAUUUCCAUACGCUGAUGGGGGAAACCCUGGAUACAACAAAGAAGGCUUCCUGGCAAUCCAGCACGCAGUAGACAAAGCCAUCAUGCAGCACCAUGCCCCCAGUGCUGCACCCAACAUGUUCAAGAAUCUCAAAGUCCUGCUGCAAAGAUUCCCAUUCAGGUCCCAUAUCCAGGACCCAUUCUUAGUGAUUCUUCAGAACGAGUUCCCUCUGCUCCUCAUGCUCAGCUUCAUCUGUGUUGAGCUCAUAAUCAUCAAUUCCAUCUUACUGGAGAAGGAGAGGAAACAGAAGGAAUAUAUGUGUAUGAUGGGAUUGGAGAGCUGGAUGCACUGGGUUGCUUGGUUCAUCACGUUCUUCAUUUCUGUCUUAAUUGCUGUUUCUGUUAUGACCAUCCUUUUUUGCACGAAGAUGAGCCAUGUGGCUGUGUUCAGGAACAGCAACCCUAUCUUGAUAUUUAUUUUUCUAAUGUGUUUUGCCAUUGCCACAAUUUUCUUUGCAUUCAUGAUGAGCACCUUUUUCCAUAGAGCGCAUGUGGGGACUGUGGUGGGUGGCAUCGUCUUCUUCUUCACCUACCUCCCAUACAUGUACAUCGCUUUCAGUUACCACCAGAGGACCUCUCUUCAAAAGAUAGCCUUUUGCCUCUUCUCAAAUGUUGCCAUGGCAAUAGGAGUCCGAUUCAUCUCUCUGUUUGAAGCAGAAGGUACUGGCAUCCAAUGGAGGAACAUCGGCCGUGUCCAGGGAGACUUUAGCUUCCUCCAGGUGCUGCUGAUGCUUCUGGUGGACUCCUUCUUGUACUGUCUGAUAGCCUUUUUGGUGGAGUCUUUCUUCUCAGGAAAGCUUAGCACGACUAAGUCUUGUUACAUCUUUGCCAAGUGCCCCUCCUGGCUCAAGAAGCCUGUUCCAGUAACACUGCCACUUCUGGAUAUCGGGGGUCCUGAGAAAAUUUCAAGAAGCGAUUUCAUGGAGGAUGAGCCAACUGAUGAGCUGAAAGCCGUUGAAAUCCGACAUCUGUGUAAGGUGUUUUACAGGGGAAGGAGUAAACACAUAGCAGUCAAAGAUCUGAGCAUGAACCUGUACAAGGGGCAGAUCACCGUUCUUCUGGGACACAACGGAUCAGGAAAAACCACUGUCUGCUCCAUCCUUACAGGUCUUAUUGCUCCAUCAAAAGGACAGGCAUAUAUCAAUGGAUAUGAAAUUUCAAAAGACAUGGUUCAAAUUAGGAAGAGCCUGGGCUGGUGCCCACAGCAUGAUAUUUUGUUUGAUAACUUAACAGUAACUGACCAUCUUUCUUUCUAUGGUCAGUUGAAAGGCCUGUCUCGCCGGGACUGUCGUGAGAAAAUAGAGCAGAUAUUGUACACCCUCAGCCUGGAGGACAAGCGGAACUUGAAGUCCCAGUUCCUGAGUUUGGGGAUGAAGCGCAAGCUCUCUCUUGGCAUCGCCCUCAUAGCUGGUUCUAAGGUAUUGAUUCUGGAUGAACCCACCUCAGGCAUGGAUGCAACCUCCAGGAGGGCCUUCUGGGACCUUCUUGAGGAGCAGAAGGGUGACCGCACCAUCCUACUGACCACCCAUUUCAUGGACGAAGCUGACUUUCUGGGAGACCGCAUUGCGAUCUUGGCCAAAGGGGAGCUACAGUGUUGUGGGUCUUCAGGGUUCCUCAAGCAGAGAUAUGGUGCAGGAUAUUACAUGACUUUAAUAAAAGCACCUCCCUGUGACACAAGGAAGCUUUCUAGUCUUGUUUAUCAUCACAUACCAAAUGCACUUUUGGAGUCCAGCAUUGGAGAAGAAGUGAUAUUCAUACUUCCUAAGAAGAGCACGCCCAGGUUCAAAGCUCUAUUUACUGACUUAGAACAGAGACGGAUAGAGCUGGGAAUCUCCACUUGGGGGGCUUCUGUCACCACUAUGGAGGAAGUGUUCAUACGAGUUUCUAAGCUGGCCGAUCCUGGCACAAAUAUCUUAACUGAGAAGCAACCCUCUUUUCAUCCUCGUCCCCGGAUUCACAGAGUUCCUGUUGACAGAAUUAAGUAUCUUCACUCAAGGAUCUUCUCAGUGCACCCUAGGCAGAUGAUCAAACAAAACACUGGAUUCUGUCUUCUCUGCCAACAAUUCUACGCCAUGCUCCUGAAAAAGGCCAUGUUCUCUUGGCGCAACUGGAUACUGGUGUUACUUGUACAGAUUGUGUUGCCUCUGGUGAUCAUCAUGUUAAGCCUCACUUUUUUCAACUACAAAUUAAAGAGAGUGGAAAACAUACCGUUGGAGCUAACUUUAAAAACAUACGGGCAGACUAUUGUUCCAUAUUUUGUUUCUGCGAAUUCCCACUUAGAUCCUUCACUCACAGAUAAAUUUGCAGAGAUGCUUCUGGCUGCAGGACAGAUUCCUUUGAAUAUUCAAGAACCUGUUGAGGGCUUCCUACUACAAAAGGCAAAAGAGGCUCCUGAAGACUUUGACAAGCGCUAUGUGAUGGCAGCUUCAUUUGAAGGGGGGAAGAACCACACUACAGUGAAGGCACUGUUCAACAACCAGGCAUACCAUUCCCCCGGCCUGGCUUUGACCCUGGUGGACAAUAUUCUCUUCAAGUUGCUUUCUGGUGCCAAUGCUUCCAUCACCACAACCAACCAUCCUCAGCCUCUGACAGCCAAAGAGCAAUCAGAGAGUAUCUUGUACCAGGGCCCCAAAGGCCACUACCUUGUCAUCAACCUUCUCUUUGGGAUAGCUUUCCUGACAAGCUCUUUCUCCAUCCUGGCAGUCAUCGAGAGGAGCAUUAAGUCUAAGACCAUCCAGUUUUUAAGCGGAGUCAGUGUGGUUGCUUUCUGGCUCUCUGCUCUGCUAUGGGAUCUCAUCUCUUUCCUCAUUCCCACUCUGCUGCUAGUGUUGGUGUUCCUGUGGUAUAAGGAGGAAGCUUUUGCACACCCUGAGAGUGUCCCGGCGGUGAUCUCCAUAAUGAUGCUCUAUGGCUGGGCUGUCAUCCCUCUCAUCUACAUAGUCAGCUUCUCUUUUAAGACUCCCGGUAGCGCAUGUGUUAAGCUUGUGGUAAUGCUCACCUUCUUGAGCAUCAGCCCCUUUGUGCUUGUCACGGUCACAAGUGAUAAAGAGCUUGGCUAUGCAAAAAUCUCAGACCUCUUGGAUCAUAUAUUCCUAAUACUUCCCGGACAUUGCCUGGGAAUGGCUUUUUCCAACUUGUACUACAACUUUGAACUUAGAAAGUUUUGCACUGCUAAGAGCUUGGAUGAUAUUGACUGCAAUGAUGUUUCAGAAGGAUAUGUAGUGCAAAAGAACACCUAUGCCUGGGAAUCUCUCGGCAUAGGGAAGUACCUGACAACCCUGGCCAUCUUGGGACCUGUGUACAUCACCCUGCUUUUCCUCAUUGAAGCCAAUGCAUUUGGCGUCCUGAAAUCCAGGCUUUCUGGCUUCCCUGGGAAGAAAAAAACAGAAAUAAUCCUCGAUACAACAGAGCAUGAAGAUGACGAUGUAUUAGAUGAGGAAGAAACCAUCAAGUUUUAUUUGGAUUCAUUACUAAAGAAAACGUCACUCAUUGUCAAAGGCGUGUCAAAGGUAUAUAAUGAGAAGGUGCCCCAGCUGGCUGUGAACAAUGUGUCCUUCAUGGUCAAAGAGAAAGAAUGCUUUGGCAUUCUCGGCCUCAACGGAGCUGGGAAGACUUCCAUUUUCAGCAUGCUGGUAGGGGAGCAGCCGAUCACUGCAGGGGAUGUCUUUAUCAAGGGUUUCAACAACAAGUCUCACCUGGCCAAGGUGCGGCAGUGGAUUGGCUUCUGUCCUGAAUUUGAUGCCCUGCUGAACUUCAUGACAGGAAGAGAGAUGCUUGUCAUGUAUGCCCGUAUCCGGGGCAUCCCUGAGCGACACAUUAAAGCCUGUGUAGACCAGGUCCUUGAGGACUUACUCAUGCGCUUGUACGCAGACAAGCUAGUAAAGACGUAUAGCGGUGGUAACAAGCGCAAGCUGAGCACCGGCAUUGCCCUCAUCGGAGAGCCAGCAGUCAUCUUCCUGGAUGAACCAUCCACUGGCAUGGACCCCGUGGCCCGGCGCCUACUCUGGGACACUGUAGCCCAGGCCCGUGAGUCUGGCAAGGCCAUUGUCAUCACCUCCCACAGUAUGGAGGAGUGUGAAGCCUUAUGUACCCGGCUGGCCAUCAUGGUACAGGGCCAGUUCAAGUGCCUGGGCAGCCCGCAACACCUCAAGAACAAUUUUGGCAGCGGCUACUCCCUGCAGGCCAAGGUCCAGAAGGAAUGGCAACAGGAGGUGCUAAAGAAGUUUAAGGCAUUUGUGGAUCUGACCUUCCUGGGCAGCACUUUGGAAGAUGAGCACCAAGGCCUGGUUCAAUACCAUCUGCCUGGCCGAAACCUCAGCUGGUCACAGGUGUUUGGCAUUAUGGAACAAGCCAAGAAGGAUUACAUGUUGGAAGACUACACCAUCAACCAGGUCUCUCUGGAGGACAUCUUCCUGAGCUUCACCCGCAGCAAGUUCUCCAUUAGAGCAACAUUCCAGCAAGGGCAAGCUGUCCUAUCCAGCUUAUCACCCUCUCAUGCCAAGCCUAUCGCAGUUCAGCCUCCCAUGCCUCCUCCCUCUCCACUUUCCUCAGAGCCUGUCCUUCUGUAAUAAAGAUCCUAAGCAUGUUCAGA